AUGGCGAAUGAGGACUUUGAGUCACCCGAGGUAAGCAUGCUAGGAACGUUCUCAUCUACCUCUAGGGUCACCAGUAGAUUUUUCGGGAUGCGGGAUUGCUUUUUUGAAGGUCGGGAUCCGAGAUUUAAAGCAAAACGAGGACGUGAUUUGAGGUCGAAAAUAUGCUCGGGACAGACACGUGAUGCCGAAAAUAACAAUAGGAUUGCGCGAAAAUUUGGGUCGGGAAGAACCCUAAGCCCCUUUUUAGUCAAGUCUCUCUUGGGGGGGCGGGGGGGGAGCAGUCAAAAAGACCCUGAGAUAAGGGCGGCCGGUCUCAAAAUUGUUUUUUCGACCCUUUGGGCCUCGGUUUGGUCUACAAAUAAGGGAGAGCAGGGCCCCCUAGGCCCCUUUCCUGGAUCCGCCACUGACCACGGACCAAGAGUGGUUCCUGCCUUUCUUUACUCCUUUUAGGUUACUCUUUAUAAGACCGACAGUACUAUGAGACGGACACAUAGCGCAUGUCCUAAAGGUGUACUCCUUAGAGAAAGUUGACUGUACAUCGGAAAACGAGAGAUAUUUUAGUUAUAACUGCAGAUCAUGAAGACAACAUCUUGUGUUAUUUAGAAAGACACAUUUUACAUAUAUGGAUCAGAGUCAGUGGCGGAUCCAGACCUUCAGAUAAGGGGGUGGGGGGGGGGGGUUACCCAGACCCUGAGAUAAGACGGGAGGGCCGGGCUCAAAAAAAUGUCUUCGGCCCUCAAGGCCUCAGUUUGGUCUUAAAAUAAGGACGGGGGUGGGGGGGGAUCUUCCCUGGUUCCGCCAGUGAGAGUUGCUUAAUGUUUUCUAAAUUUCUACUUAAGACAGAGUACACGCCCAUGUCGUUACGUAUUUAUUGGCUUUACCUUUAAACUGAACGGAAUAAAAUUGCGAACGCCCGUUUAAGUUCUCGUAAAUUAACUAAAUUAACAUUCAAAAAGACGCUUUCAAAUUGUUCGCAUUCUUAAGGAGGCAACAAAUGACAGCAAUAUUACUUCUGAUUAGUUUAGUUUUCACUUAAAAACAACAUUUGCUUCAUAUAUCUGAAGCCCGAAAGGUACCUCCCCGUAUAGGCCAUUGUAGGGAGUGCAAUCCAGAACAAAAUAAGAUACCCAGAGAUUGCAAGUUCAAAUUAGUAAAAUAAUCAAGGCAGAGACUGAUAAAUGUGAUUUGAUUUAAAUUGAGUAAACUGUUAUCUACACCUCAUAUCUUAAAAUAAAAGUUUGUUAAAACUUAAAUUGUCUAAAAAUAACUUUGGUGAAAUUCACAGACCCUAAGGGCUGGACUGGACGUUUUCCUCUUUGUCUCAUUAUUCUCUAUUGAUUUCAUCCUUUCGACUCCUUCCUGACUGAUAACUGUUUUACAGGAAAGAGAGGCUCUUAUGGCAGAGCUGGACGAACUGUUGGAAGAGCGAGCAACGAAGGAGAAAACCCUUCGCGAACUGCAGGACAAUGAAGUUACCUUAAGAAGAGACCUAAACGAUUUAAACAGAGAACUAGACUUACAAUCUACAGAGCUCCACAUACUCAUGGAAACCGUGUGCGCGAAAAGAACCGCGAUGGAAAAGAGAGUUCGAGAAAAGCAAAAACGCGUGGAGGAGCUUCGAGAAGAAUUCUCCGUUGUGGUGAGAGAUGAACGGCGAAAUGCCAGCUACAGGAUAAUAGCGAAUGAGAGCCGCUUCCUGAAAAGGAGAAUUUCCCAACGGAAAGAAGUGAGGAAUUCUCUUCGAAAGCAGGUGGACGAAAUUCGCGAUCAUAAGAAAAUGGUGAAGAUAAGAUGCAAAAUGAUGGUUAGCGAAGAGCGAGCAUUGUGGAUGAGCAUCAGCGAGAGAGUGAAGAGGAUGGCUGAAAAUGGUCACCCACUUGAAGUUGGACACACUAUGGUUAGAACAACAGCUUUGAUAAUAAUAUUAAUAGUUAUAAUAAUAUUGCUGAUAGUGAUAACGAUAAUGAUAAUGACAAUAAUGGUGAUGAUGAUGAUGAUGAUGAUGACUAUGAUAAUGAUAACUGGAGGAAUAAUGAUAUUUAUCCAGGGAGCCAACUCGCCUAUAAUUGGUUUUCGGUGGGGCUCUGCAAAUACUAGAUGACAACAUGAAUGAAAUACAUGCCUAUCACCAAUCUAUAAAUGAAAAACUAAAGUGGUACUUUUUUGGGCUGGGGGACUUACGAUAGUAGAAUGAAGGUACAAGUUAGAAAACUCUAGGGGUCGUUCUACUUUGCUGUUAAGUUCAUUGGCAAGAAUUGGACGCGGACCAAAUAGUUUAAUUAAAUAGCUGAUCAGUGUACGAGAAUCAAACAAACAGUCACAAUGUAUUAAACUCCUCAAAAACCGGACAACAAGAAACACUUGUGAAGGGAGAGUAAGUCGUUUUAAGAAAACGUCAUGAACAGUACUAUCACACCUGCACUGUUAAUACACUUGAACCUCUCCGGCCACCUUGGGGACAGAAGAAAGUAGCCGUUGUGGAGAGACUGUGCAAAAGCCAAUGUAUGGACGACUGUCCGCCAAAAAAGUGGUAGUUGUAGAGAGGUGGCAGUUGGAGUGGAGGUUCGACUGAAUUUCAACCGUACCGUUGUUAGUGUCUCAUUUAAACGAAUAGAUUGGAUAAUGACCUACGUAAAUACCACUGCAGGGCUAGCUGUGCUCUAGAAGGCCCGGAGGUUUAGGUUCACAACAUUUUUCCCCCUUGCAUCAUUGUGCAUAGUACUGUGAAAGCUACACAAUGUCAUAUAAGUCGGUUUUGUUCCAUACAGUCGAACCUUCACAAACGGCCACCUCUCUAAAACGGCCUCUAUUUUUUGGCGGACAGUCCAUGUAUUGAAUCUUGUACACUACUCUCUCUACAACGGCCACUUCUCUAUAACAGCUAUUUCUUCUGGCCCAAGGUGACCGUUCUACAGAGGCUCAACUGUAUUGACCCACAUUUCUCAGAUGUUUCAUGGACACUGCCACCCCACUGAUGAAAUUUUUUCUUUUUGUUAAGCCAACUUCGCCUGAUGGGCUCCUUUGUCAAGUAAUGUGAACAAAAUUUAGAUGCUAUAAUUCCUUGUCUUUAUAGGCUGACAGUACCAGCACAAAGGGCGAAAAAUCAGACGAGGGGAGUUCUUCCAACACCUCGAACCACGAGGGAGCCAAGAAAGAGGAUACUGUAGGUGAUGCAAGUACAGGUAAAUCUAGAGAUUUAUGUGGGACCGUAGAACGUUUUGCGUUUAUAUUUUUUAUUUCAAUUGGUUUAUAUUGCACGCAUACUGAUUCAAAGAUGGAAAAGUUAACGUUCUUGUUCAUUUUUUCAGGAGAUGAAACCAAGACAUCUAGCAACACUAGUUCCCAAUCCGCAGCAACUUGCGUGGAAAUAACCAAACAUGAAGUAAGUAAUCAUUCCGCUUUUUCUACGUAAUUUUUUGCCUGUAAGUAGAAUACUUCAAAACUAAAUGCUGAAAGCCAUUUUUUUGUAUCUUUCUGGCAAAGUCUUUUUACCUCCCUCGGUGAUCCACAUUAGUUAUGGCAUUCACGGACAAAUGCACAGUAAUGGCCCCAUAAGAGAGAACAAUAUUGGCCAAUAUUUUCUCCAUGGGAUGUACGCCCCUUUGUACAGCUAUUUUCCUGUGCUCAUAGCUGAGAAAAUGCCAUUAUUUUGCUUCACUCGGAUGACAAACAAGAAUAGCAACGAUCAAAUUCACAUGCAAACGUUUGCCAAAAAGUUUUUAAGUCACGUGCGGUUAAUUGACGUAAGGUAACUUGUUUGCAUACUAAUCAAUUAUUUUUCUUUUCUUUGUAGGCCAGAAGCUGUUCCGAAAUUAAAGCAGAAAUUUCUCCUACAAAAGCUGAGCAGUCCGCACAGACGAAUUCUUCACCAAGUGCUAGAGAUCAGACAAAUCCUAAAGGAAGCGUCAAAGAAGAACUUGAUGAUACUAAACUUAGAGGCAAAUAUGGUAUUGUUUUUACUGUGAUUCAGUUAGUAUUGUAUUUCCUUGAAUAA